AUGAGCGCCACAAAGAACAAGUACUCGGUCAUUUUGCCGACCUACAACGAACGGAGGAACCUCCCUAUUAUCAUCUGGCUGCUCCAGAGGACUUUCAACGAGAACAAGCUGGAUUGGGAGGUCAUUAUCGUUGACGAUGGCUCCCCUGACGGCACCAUCGAGAUCGCGAAACAACUCCAGAAACUCUAUGGCCCCGAGCAUAUCAUCCUGAAACCUCGUGCAGGCAAACUUGGUCUUGGAACGGCCUACGUGCACGGACUGCAGUACACUACCGGCAACUUCGUUAUCAUCAUGGACGCCGACUUCAGUCACCACCCCAAGUUUAUCCCCGAGAUGAUCCGCAUUCAGAAGGACAGCGACGCCGACAUUGUGACCGGGACACGGUACGCCAACCGUGAUAAUAUUAAGGGUGGUGUCUACGGCUGGGAUCUGUUCCGCAAGUUUACCUCGCGCACGGCGAACAUGAUUGCAGAUGUUAUGCUGAUGCCCGGCGUGAGCGACUUGACUGGUAGCUUCCGUCUGUAUAAGAAGCAGGUUCUCGAGAAGGUCAUCACUAGCACUCAAAGCAAGGGCUACAGUUUCCAGAUGGAGAUGAUGGUCCGUGCUAAGGCUAUGGGAUAUAAGGUUGAGGAGUGCCCCAUCACCUUUGUUGAUCGUCUCUACGGCGAAAGCAAGCUGGGUGGCUCUGAGAUCGUCGAGUAUCUCAAGGGCGUGCUCAAUCUGUGGCUGAAGGUCUAA